AUGAAGAAAUCAGCCAUCGACGUCGCACCGAAUCGGACCGGAGGAGUCGAAACGAGCCCUGGGAAGGCCGCUCUCAGGCGCAGAGGGCGCUCAAAACCCGCAGCCGCUUUGGGCGCGGCGGAGCCCCCGACGAGCAGCGAGUUGCCGCAGCAGCCGCCGGCAGCGCGGCGCGGCCGCCGCGGGGGUGGAACGGACUGGUGGCCGCGGGCGGCCGCCGAGCAGCACGCGGCAGGCGAGGCGGGCGGCUCUGGGCGAGGGGCGCCUGGAAGAGGGCCGCUUUGUUUUACCAUGCGAACAGGGCGCCCCGCGGCCGAGAAGAGAGGAGGAAAGAGGAGGAGAAAGGAGAAGGAGGAGGAGACGGGGGGUGGGUGA